UAUGUAAUAAUAACGACCAUAAACAUCUUAUCAUUCAAGCCUUUCUACUAAUUAAAUAGAAUCACCUGCUAAAACUUUUAAUAUGUUGACAACUCUAUAAUUAUCAACCAAUAGAAAAUUAUUAGAACAAUUUCCUAAAGAUGCACAUGCUGAUGUUGUAAUUCAAGUGAAAAAUAAAAGAUUUGAAUUACAAAAGGCUCAUUUAAGAAUAGAAAGUCCUUUUUUUGAUUGCGAUAAAAAAGUCAUCUCUAUUCAAGAAUAUGAUCCAGAUAUUUUUGAAGGGAUUUUAAAAUGCUUUUAUGGAGGAUAAUAUAUAAUAUAUACAUAUCAAGAACUCUAUCUAGCUUAUCAAAUAUGUAGUUUUAUUAAAUGUGAAGGUUUAUGUAAAUAAAUUGAAAGUUCAUUUAUAAUAAAUAAAAAAUCAUUUACAUUAGCCUUCUAAUUAAGUGAACUCUAUGGACUUGAAGAUUUAAGAGUUUCUUGUUAUGAAUUUUUGGAUAGUAAUUCUGAUGCAUUCCUAUAAUUAUUUGAUCUUGGGAUGCUAAAAUUAAAAAAGAAUCAUAAGAAAACAACUCCUUCAGAUAUUUUAGGAUUAAAUAAGACUUGCUUUAUUCAUCUAGUAUAGGCACAUAACACUUAUAAAAAAACUAAAUAGGAAUAAAGACAAUAUCUUACAAAUUAUGAAAUGUAUCAAAUUUUAGAAUUAUAUAAUACAAAUGAAGAGGAUUUAAAAGAAGCUAUAGUAAAUUUGAUUGAUAGAAAUACAUUAACAAGUGAAGAAUACUAUAAAAUUUAUCAUUAAUUGGCUUGUAGAUAAUCUCAUGCAAUUUCAGAUGAACCUCAUAUUCAACCAUGUCAUUAAUCUGUAAAAGAAUAUUAGUAAAUGAAUAUAUAUUUUUAAUAGAUUAUAAACAUCAACAGAAAAACAUUAUUAAGAUUAUUUUGAUGUGAACAAAAGUGAAAACUAUUAUUUCAAAAAACGUAUGACAGAAUUAGAAGAAUAAAAUAAAGUAUUAUAAUAAGAGACACAAAAAUUAUCAAUUGCUUUAGAAACUAGCAUGAAAAAUACUAAUAAUUUUAAAGAUACUUUAUUAGAAACUAUUACUUAAAAGUUAGAUAACAAAUUAAUUGAAAAAGAUAAAGAAAUAGAAAAUCUAAGAUAAGAACUAUAAACUCUAAAAAGUUAAAUCUUUUAAAAGGAUUAAACUAUUAUUGAAUUAGAAGAUAGUAUUAGAGAUAUUAAUGAUAGAGAAAUAAUUAAUUUAAAAUCAUAAAUUGAAACUUUAAGAAGUUAACUUAUUCAAAGAGUUUAAACUGUUUCUGAUUUACAAUACAGUGAAAGAGAUUUUAAUGAUCAAACCUUAGAAUCAAUUAAUUAAAGCACUACUAGUCAAUUUCUUCAAUAAUAAGAAUUGGCUAAAUCAGAAUUCUAAUUUUUAAAACCUUAAACUGUAACAUAAAGUUAAUUAUAAUUAACUGUUCAAUAAACUGAAAGAUUUUAAUAUGAUGCUGAACCUGUCACUUUAGACAAGAUUACUCAACUUAAUUAUAUGUUUGAUCACUUAAAAAUCACUAUUUUCUCUCAAAUUUAUUUAAGAAGACUUCAAUUAGGAUCUCUUACUGGAUAUGAUGUAGAUUCUUUUAAAAAUAAUUGUUCUGGUGUUGAAAAUUUACUUAUUUUGAUUAGAGUUUUUGAUUAUAAUAAAAUUAUUGGAAUUCUCAUAUAUGGAAAUGAGAAAUAUUUGCUUAAUAUAUCAAAUCGUUCAAUAUAAGAAUUAGACGAUAUCAUUUUAUUUGAAGAUAAUAUUAUAGAGAUACCAGGCCAACUCACAAUAUGUAGUGGAUGUGAUUCUAACAAUUGUUAUGGUUAAACCUCUUUGACAGGAAAUAAGGAAUUUGUAGUAGAAGAUGUUGAAGCUUAUUCAAUUGAAAUUAGUCAUAAUUUAUGA